CAGAGCAAAGGACUUCAGGGAUAUGAGCCGUUUUGGAUUGGAUUUUAGUGCUCGGAAGAUAUCAGCAAGUGAACCUGGAGGGUGCUCAUGGUAGAAACGAAUGGCGAACUUUUCCAGAUGAUCGGAAUCCACAGAAUUGAUGAAGGCGGAGGGGAUUCUCGUGGAGUUAGUAGUGGAGAUGGUGAGGGUACGUAGUGAUAGGAAGGCGCCUCGUAUAGCAUCAGAAGGAAUUUUGAAAAAACCUUCUUCGGCUACUCCAGCGAAGUUCAGAUUGAGAUGGUUGAGCCGAGGUAAAGCUGCCAUGAAAGAUAAUGUCUUGACAGCAGAAGAGGUCCUGGAGUAGUCGUAACGAGGUUGGAUGUGGUUCAGGGGGUUACCCGGGUCGCUCGC